AGUGUGUGUGUAUCUACAGACUGUCAUUAUGAUGCAGGCAUUGGCCCUCCUGUUGCUUCAGGCAGCAUAUGUUUUUGGAUGUGGUACGCCUGCUGUGAAGCCUGACAUUAAUAGGGUGGUGAAUGGAGAGGAUGCUCGCCCCCACAGCUGGCCUUGGCAGAUCUCCCUGCAGGUGAAGCAUGGCAGCCGUUUCCAUCACACUUGUGGAGGGACUCUGAUCGGAUCUCGCUGGGUGCUGACUGCUGGACACUGCAUUUGGCCCGGAGAUGUGUACCGCGUGGUCUUGGGAGAGCACGAUAUGAGCCAGCAGGAGGGCACUGAACAGAUCAGAGAUGUUCUGCGCAUCAUUGUCCACCCCAAGUGGGACAUUGACUUUGUGGCUGAUGGCAAUGAUCUUGCCCUGCUGAAACUGGAUAAGAGCCCCAUUAUGAAUGACAGCAUUGGUGUGGCUUGUAUUCCAGAGGCUGGACAGAUCCCCACCCAUGGGACAGCGUGUUACAUCUCCGGCUGGGGCAACCUUUACACCCAUGGCCCCAUGCCUGAUAAGCUGCAGCAGGCCUUGCUGCCUGUGGUGGAAUACAGUGUGUGCAGUCGCAGCGACUGGUGGGGCAUCAACGUGAAGAGCACCAUGAUCUGUGCAGGAGGAGAUGUCGUAUCUGGAUGCAAUGGAGACUCUGGUGGCCCUCUAAACUGUUUGGGUCAGGAUGGUAGGUGGUACGUCCAAGGUGUCACCAGCUUCGUUUCCUCCCGCGUCUGCAAUGAAGUGAAGAAGCCCACCGUCUUCACCCGCACCUCUGCCUUCACCGAUUGGCUCAGUGAUGUUAUGCUGCACUACUGAGGAGCUGCUGGACAUGAGUUGAUCAACUCCAAAAAUAAUGAGGUCCCAAAUCCCUUUAUUUUCCCAGUUCAUUUCACGUCAGGGUCAGA